AUGCGAUGGACGACAUUUUCCCUCGCUUUCUCCUGCCUCUUUUAUCCAUCCGAAAGUAGUCCUACGAAGAAUACGCCGCCAAGGCCUGAGCUCCUGCGAAAGCGCACAACGUUCGGAACUUCUUUCGGCAUCCCGGGUAACAAUGCGACAUUUGACUACGUUGUUGUCGGAGGUGGCAACGCCGGUCUUGCCGUAGCCGCCCGUCUUGCGCAACAGCAGAAAGGAACGGUGGCGGUCGUCGAAGCCGGCAGCUUUUAUGAGAUUGGGAACAGCAAUAUAAGCGAGGUUCCGGCAUUUACUAGCAUAUUCGCGAGCAAAGGUGUGCACAAUUGGCAACCGAUGGCCACGGACGGAAAAUCGAUCCUGUACCCGCGUGGGAAAUGCUUCGGGGGUUUAACGGCCAGAAACUUUAUGGUCUACCAGCGCGGCAAUGUUCAGUCCUACAAAAUGUGGGCAAACCUGGUCGGUAACGAAAAUUACGAGUUUGAAAGUCUCCUGCCCUAUUUUGAGAAAAGUUUCAAAUUCACACCCCCCGACACGAGCCGAAAAUUUAAAAACGGCAGUGUCGAUUAUGAUCCUACCGUGCUAGGGGACGGUCAAAGGCUUUUAUCUUUAACCUUCUUACAUUACGUCCAAGCCUUCGGUACGUGGGUGGUAAAAGGACUCGGGGAACUCGGGUUUUCCGCCAUUCCCGGAUUCCAAAGCGGCCAUUUGAUGCGGGACGGCUCGACUAUGGGCCAAACCUAUAGCAUAUAUAACAUUAACGUAACCACCAUGUUAAGAAAGUCGUCCGAAACAUCGUUCAUACGACUGGCCAUGGAACAUGAGAACUUUAUCGCCUACCCAUCUAUUAUGGCCAAGAGGGUCCUUUUUGAUAAGGACAAAAAGGCCACGGGCCUUAUGGGUGUUCAGUAUAUCCUGUCUGCCCGUAAGGAGAUUAUAUUGUCAGCAGAUUUUAUAGGAACGCCGCAGCUGCUUAUGGUGUCCGGGGUUGGGCCAACGGAUAUUUUGCAAAAAUUAAACAUUCCCGUCCUUGCAAAUCGUCCCGGCGUUGGCCAGGGUAUGCAAAACCAUAUAUAUUUCGGUCCGUUUUAUCGCGUCAACGCUCCAACGAUGUCGUCGCUUUUCGAAAAUCCCAAAUUCGCCGCGCAACAAGCCACCGAAUUCAAAAAUAACGCGGUUGGAAUAUACACCAACCCUGCGUCCGAUAUAAUUGCGUGGGAAAAGGUCCCGACGGAAAUGCGCUUAAACUUUACGGAGGCCUUACGGACAAGGUUGAGUGGCUAUCCUGAGGAUUGGCCGGAACUGGAAUAUGUUUCCCUCAAUGGAUAUUUGGGCUGGAAUAACGAUUUCCGCGGGGGAUUCCCGAACGACGGGUACAAUUAUGCAACCUUGGCGGUGGCAUUGGCCUCGCCAUUUUCGAAAAAUUCCGUGACCAUCGUUUCUAACGACACGUUUGUUCAUCCUAAACUCGAUCCCAAAUUCCUUUCCGAGCAGACCGAUAUAGAGGUUGUAUUGGCUGGUUAUAAAAAAGUGCGAUAG